AUGUUCUUGCCAACUGCUCAGAAAUGGUCCGAAGCAUAUGCCACGCCCAACGACAGAGAACUAUCCUCCCGUUCGACAGACUCGAUGGCAAAGUCAACAGAUGCACUCUCUACGGUCCACUCCAGCUCGCAAGUAACCCCGCAUGAUAGGUCUUGCGCAACAUACGACGACAUCUGCGAUGGAUGGAUGUACGACAAUUUUCCCUGUCAGGAUAUCUACGAAGACAACAUCGUUGCUCGUGACGUGGUGGCCCAGUUGACAGCCGCGGCGAGAGUGAAGUCGAACUGUCUGCUUCUUGGCAACAUGAUCGGUUUGCUAGAAAAGAUACCGAGUCGUAAUACCCGGGGCUCCGCAUCUGCACUGACUGAUGAAAUGGUGAGAAGGAACUGUAGAGGAGCUGAACGCGUGUCAGCCCAUAGCAAUACCAUGCCCCCGAGUAAUGUGGUAGAUGCACAGGAUGCACUGUUGAACAAACCGAUAAAGCUCUUGGUAGCUAGCCUCAGUUCAUCCAAGCCCACUUCGAGUCCAUACUCGCGCUUGGUAGCUUCAAGGAAUCCCAGCUCUUUCUUCAUGUUAGUUAUUGCAGAGCAAAGCAGGUCCAGACACCGAAACGUUGAGUUGUGUUCCAGAUUCUCGGUUUCUGGUAUACGGAUCUUGCCUAUUAGCGCUAUGGUGAAAGGCACAAGUGAUCGUGAAAUGUAUCCAAUCUGGGCCAGCCAUUGA